AUGGGCAGGUCGACAGGCAACUUCGCGGCGGGCGGUGCGGGCGCGGCGGGUGGCGGGUGCGGGGCGCCCCGCUCCGCGCCCGCCACCCCUCUGCAGCUCGAGCCCCACCCGCGCCCCUCCAAGCACGACAAUUUCGACCCACUGUGCGUCGUAGUGGAGGUAUGUGGCACUCCCGUGCGGAGCGGGUUACCCAUUGAUUUGUCCUGGCCUCCUGUUCCUGUUGCCGGACAGCAAAGAUCGGGCACCCGUACAGUGGAGCUGGUGUUG